UAAAGAUACUUCUUCGACCUUGCAUUUGCCAAUGAAUCGUUACUUAAUCAAUCUUUCGUACAUUGGUUCCCGGUUUCGUGGGAUUCAACGAACGAUCGACAAAACGGUGGGUCAGUUUCAAGAUCCGCACACCGUACAAGGAGUUAUUGAGGAAGCACUGCUCAAGUUAAGGCCUGUGAACGUACCAACGUUAAAGCUUUCUAGUCGUACGGACACGGGAGUUCAUGCCUUCCACAACACAGUUCACGUCGACCUACAGCGGCCGAAUGGCAAACCGUACGAUGAGGACAAAAUUACCAAAGUUCUCAACCGUACUUUCGAACGCGACGCUAUCUCGUUGCGUAUCCUCAGCACAGUGCAUGUUCCAGAUACGUUUCACGCGCGAAUCUGCGCCAAAUCACGCACCUAUCUUUACCGGGUGGCGGUGCUGAAACCCGAGUUUCAUGACCACAAUCAACAUCCUCACACGCAAUUCAUUCCCAUCGAGGAACACGAUCGGUGCUUCUUUAUUGGACAUCCUCGGUUCGAUAUUGGAACAUUUGAACGCGUUGCACGAACGUUCGCAGGAAUGCACGAUUUUCGGACCUUUAUGGCCGUUGCACGGGGAAAUCCUCGCCAACGGGAAGCGAUGCACUCGGUGCGCAGCAUUGAGAGCAUUACUGUUGGCCGGGGACAAUCGACGGCAUCUGGGUGUAAUCGCGAACUAGCGGAACGAUUGUAUGACUAUUGGGAUGUGUAUAUCCGUGGCCGCUCUUUUCUGUACCGACAGGUUCGCCGUAUGGUAGGCGCAUGGACCGCGGCUGCAGAAGGACGUAUUAGUGAGAGAGAUGUUUACCACAUGCUGACUGUUCCUUCGCAAAAUUCGUGGUGCUCCAACGUUGUCGUCGCGCCAGCCCACGGACUGUACCUUUGUCGCGUAGAUUACGAUCCGAAAGAUCUUAGUUUUGGUCCGGAACAUGAGCAGCUUUCUCGAACAGUUGCGCAACCGCAAGACGGACUUGCAGCGAACGGAAACCACGGUUACGUAUAUGGACGGUAGCCGGAAGAUCUUUCGGCACGGUCUCGAGAUAGAUGCACCACCCCGACUCGGGUUUAUCGUGGAUACUAGCCCGGAUCAGGUGCCAGCGUGCAUCGUGCGCGAGUUCCUCUACCUCGGGUCACAGGAUUGCGUUCGCUUAG